AUGUAAUUAAAAUUGAUAAUAUAACUUAUGGUGAAGUCAGUGCUAAAAGAUGUGGUAGGAUUACUAUGGAAGAUAGGGUAUGUCAUAAUUGGAAUAUCUCACUAGUUUUAAGCAAUUGCAGACUUUGAUGGAAAAUAAUAGCAAUUUUAUUUUGGGGUCUUUGAUGGUCAUGGGGGGUCUUAUGUAGCCAAGUUACUUCGAGAACAAUUGCAUUCUCAUUUAAAAAAUAAUUAGUUUUUCAAUAUUGAUAUUGAAUAAGCUAUUUUAGAAAGUUUUAAUUAAAUGAAUAUUGACAUUCUUAAAUAAUAACAUCUGUUGAUGAAAGAUGGAGGUUCAACUGCUUUGUGUGUUAUCAAUGUAGGUAAAGAGCUAUUUGUAAUCAAUGUUGGGGACAGCGCUUGCGUAUUAAUUGAUAAAGAUUUCUAAAUAACUAAAUUAAAUUAGGAACAUAAACCUGAUAGAUUGGAUGAAUCUAAAAGAAUUACAGAUAACAAUGGAUUUGUUUUGACCAUCAAAAAUUAGGCUAGAAUUAAUGGUGAAUUGGCAGUGAGUAGAUCAUUUGGUGAUCCAAAAUACAUUGAACAUGGAUUAACUGCUAUUCCUGAAAUCACCAAGUUGCAAUUGAAUGAGAACUCUAAAUAUUUAAUUCUAGCCACUGAUGGAUUUUGGGAUGUGAUUACUAAUCAAAUUCUCCAAAAGUUGCUGAUAAAUUGGGACAACUUUAAAGAAAAAGAAGGUCUCUCCCAAUAUUUACUGGAAUCAGCCUUAAAAUAACAGACUAAUUAUAAAAAAGACAAUAUGACAAUCAUCAUCAUUGAUUUAAUUAUUUAUUUCAAUAAAUUAUAAUGA